AUGUGGUGGUGGUGUUCGGGCGCAUACGUAUGCAGCGCCGACGCCCUCGCCCUCUUCCGCCUCAUCCACACACUCAAGCGGGUGAAGACGCUGGAAGUCAUGAUGAUGCGGCGGAGCGUAGACAUGUUCACCACAGCCGUUGCAUCGACGCCGCCGCAAGAGAGUUCCGUCUUCCUGAUGCCGCGGGUAGAAAAGUUAGUCGUGACCAGCGACGCGGCAUUCCUUGUUUCGCAGUGCCCGAACCUACGCGACCUCGUCAUAGACGAUAGGACGAAUUGUCUGGUGGGCCCGUACUGCAGUCUACCCACGCGUCUUGAACCCUUGCUUCCGAAUCUCCCCUCCCCGGCGUUGACGCAUUUCGAUGCUACAGCGCACUGGUCCGUCGACGAGGUUCGUUUCUUGGUCCUGCGCUUCCCGGCGUUGAAGUACCUGCGCAUGCGCAGCGAUACGUAUUGUUACCGCGCAUCCAUCAGCGCCAUUACCUCGCUGCUUGGGACGGGCCUGCCCCAUCUCAAAACCCUGAAGCUGGUCAAGGUAGGUAAUCUAGACACAGGGUAUCAGUCUGUCUGGCGGCGGCGUAUGAAGGGCUGCUCAGACGCUGUGUAUAGGAAGAUGUUGUGGCGCGAGAACGAGGAGCGGCGGGUCGAGGCAGAGAAUAUGGUGGUGAGGUUGGCGUUUGGAGAGAUUAAGGGGUUGGGCGAGUGUUGGGUGGGUGAGGGGAGGGUGGCGCGUAGGAUGGAUGCGGAAGCGUGGAUGUGGGAACGUAGACGGGAAGAUGCGGCGGAGUGUGGAUGGGACGAUCCUUGGGCAUCUAUGGCGGAGAAUGAGGGCGUUGUUGUAAGGAGAGAGAUGGGGAGGUAG